CCUAAUUUUAACAAUUAGGCGUAAAUUAGGCCAAGUCAAACUAAUAUUCGAAAAUGCAAGAGUGAAACAAACACGCAAAGAUGGAGAAGACGAAGAAGAUGUUGCAGCGGAGGCUAAACCAACAAGAAUCGGAAGCCUUAUCACGACUCCAAUCUGUUCCUUCCAUCAGACCCGGCGAUGAUUCAAGCUUCUACGAACACUUCGUUCUCACUGGCAUCAAAGUUGACAAAGUCCAACCCGGCGUCGUUUCUUGUUCUUUCAAAGUCCCUCCUCGCCUCACCGACAGUAAUGGAAAGUUGGCGAAUGGCGCAAUUGCAACUCUUGUGGAUGAGGUGGGAGGUGUUCUAGUCCAUGAAGAGGGUCUCCCCAUGAAUGUCUCAGUUGAUAUGUCUAUUUCUUUUCUUUCAACUGCUCAUGUUAAUGAUGAACUAGAAAUUACUUCUAUGCUGUUAGGAAGGAAAGGAGGUUAUUCUGGAGCAAUUGUUCUCCUUAAAAAUAAAGCUACUGGAGAAUUGAUAGCAGAAGGCCGGCAUUCACUAUUUGGCAGACAUAACAGCAAAAUGUAAUUCUUGUUUUGUGUAUGUACAUAAAUUUUGUGUAUGUAAAUCAGUGAUUAAAAACAAAUAUAAAACACAAUUUCCACCUGCGAUGAUGGUGGGUUUAGUAUACAUGGAUUCAUAUUUGUGAAAUACAAUUGUAUCUAUUGUUUA